AUUAUGAUCGAGCUAUCUGCUCUUUUCUCCGCAAUAUACAGAGCGUGUGGAAUGAAAAGAAGAUGCAUGAACCCAAAAAAAAGAUGGAGAAUAUGUUGUCAUUUAUACCUGCUUAUCAAUCAAUUAAAAUAUGCAAAAUCAAUAAAUUUUGGACAAUUAUAAAAACCACACAUCCAGUUCCAUGAUUUCCCAUCCUCUUUCCCACUUAAUAUCUCUCUUUCUCAUAGGACCAUGGCGUUAAAGAUGAUAAAGAAGGGCAGGUUUCUCAAACAUUGUUCCUCCAAGUGCAUCAACCUGGGAACCAACUGGUUUAUGAAGCAUGCAACUUGUAACCAUUUUCAAGAUUGGGAAAGCCGGUCUCUUUUGCCUGAGGACGACUACUGCAUUGUACCAAAAGAUGUUCCAAAAGGUCAUUUAGCAGUCUAUGUAGGUGAAGACUGCAAAAGAUAUGUCAUCAAGGCUACUUUACUCAAGCAUCCUCUCUUCAAGGCAUUGCUUGAUCGCACUGAGGAGGUUUUUGGUUUCACCACGGGCUCAAAACUUUGCAUUCCAUGCAAUGAGAGCAUGUUCAAAAGCAUACUGCACUGCGUUAACUCUCAUCAGGAUCGUGGGUUUUGGUCGUGUUUAUGAAAUGCAAAGGUUUAUCUAGUUUAGCAAUUUUAGUUGAGAGAAGAAAGAGCAAGAGAAGGACAGCUUUAUUUUACAUUAUGGGGAAGAAAUUGCAAUCGCAAUUGUAAUUCUGUUGUUCAUUAAUAUGCAAUUUUUGU